CACAUAAGAAUACAUUAACUUUCAGUAAUCAAACUCAAACAAUGACUCUGCUUCGAUGGCUUGCGAUUCUGUUCCUUCUGCUCGCCGUGUACUGCGGUCUCGAUCCGUUUCGACACAGCCCCAUAGCCAGCUUCCCGGAAUUCGAGGCCAAAUUGAUUCAAAUGCCGCCGUGGUCCGAGGUGCCGCCGGAGAAAGACUCGGAGAAUUUGUUGCAGAAAUCGGAGGUGAAGUUCUUGAACGAGGUUCAGGGACCAGAGAGCGUUGCUUUCGACACUCAAGGUCGCGGUCCUUACACUGGUGUCGCUGAUGGAAGGAUUCUCUUCUGGAAUGGACACUCUUGGCUUCCCUUUGCUUAUACCUCUCCCAACAGGUCAGAAUUGUGUGAUCCUAAAGUACCUGCAUCACCACUUAGCUAUGUGACGACCGAGCACAUCUGCGGAAGGCCUUUGGGACUCAGGUUCAACAAGAAAACUGGCGAUUUAUACAUUGCGGACGCAUAUUUUGGGCUUCUGAAGGUGGGGCCUGAGGGUGGUUUAGCAACACCUCUUACAACUGAGGCUGAAGGGGUGCCAUUCAGGUUUACCAAUGAUGUUGAUGUUGACGAAGAAGGGAAUGUUUAUUUUACGGAUAGCAGUGCGAAAUAUCAGCGCAGGAACUUUAUUCAACUGGUAUUUGCUGGAGACGACAGCGGCAGAGUUUUGAAAUACAACCCUGACACUAAGGAAACCACAGUUCUUGUGAGAAACAUUCAAUUUCCAAAUGGCAUUUCCUUAAGCAAAGAUCGUUCCUUCUUUUACGUCUGUGAAGGUGUUGUUGGCAGGCUACGCAAAUACUGGCUGAAAGGCGAAAAGGCUGGGACUUCAGAGAUCAUAGCCAUCCUGCCUGGAAUCCCUGACAAUGUGAGAGUCAAUGAAGAUGGCGAUUUUUGGAUUGCACUUCAUUGCCGAAGGUAUAUGUAUGCGUACCUUAAUGCCCUCUAUCCAAAUAUUCGGAAACUCAUACUCAAGCUCCCUAUACCAACAAAGAUUCAUUACCUGCUUCAAAUUGGUGGCCGGCAACAUGCGUUGGCUGUUAAGUACAGCUCCGAAGGCAAACUUCUGCAGAUAUUGGAGGAUAGCGAGGGAAAAGUUGUUAGAGCAGUGAGUGAAGUGGAGGAGAAAGAUGGUAAACUAUGGAUGGGAAGUGUUCUUAUGCCUUUUAUUGGAGUUUACAACUUGAAAUGAAAUAGAUAACAAUACUCUGUCUGAGCUAUACACUACGUUGAAAAAAAUCCUGAGUUUGAUGUUUUGCUUAGUUACAAGUUUUCAUUGAUGGACAAUGAAUUCACAGUUGAGGAAGUCCUUAAAUGAAUUCAAAAUUGCUUC